UUGGCGUCGCCUUGAUCUCUGAAGACCUCAGCGUUCACUGUUUCACUGAGGAUCAUAUCAUCUGGAAAGGGAUCAUGGCCUACCAGUUCAAACUGGCUGAAAAACUGGUCAUACUCAAUGACCGGGGUCAAGGAGUGCUGAUCAGGAUGAACCACAUUAAAAAGGUAUGCACAGACCCAAAGCGAAGACCAUCAUACUUUACUGACAAAAGCAUGGAAUCUGCCAUAAAAUACAUCAACAGAAAAUUUCCCAACUUUGACAUCAGGGGUGGCAGUCAACAUCUGAGCAACAUACAGAAGCAGAAGUCAGCCGUAUUGGAGGGCCUGCACAGUUAUUACGAGUCCUUCAUAGAUGUCAUGGAGUUCAGGGACCAUGUUUAUGAGUUGCUCAACACAAUAGAUGCCAGCCAGUGCUACUUUAACAUAGCUGUAAAUUUUGACUUCACCAAGAACUACCUGGACCUUAUCGUCACCUACGCCUCAGUCAUUUACAUGUUGUCUCGCAUCGAUGACAAGAAGGCAAUUGUCGGAAUGUAUAACUGUGCAUAUGAGUUCUCAAAUGGAAACAGUGAUCCCUCAUUCCCUCGACUUGGUCAGAUGCUUAUAGAGUACGACCAUCCCUGGAAAAAGCUUUCAGAGGAGUUUGGUCCCCACACCAAGUCUGUGACAGAGGCUCUCCUCUCACUGCUCAUGGUGUAUCCGCGGAGGAAUCUUUCUGCUGACCAGUGGCGCAGCGCUCAGCUCUUGUCUUUGCUGGCAUCCCCCGCUGCCAUGCUCAGCCCUGCAUGCUGUGACACAAUGGCUUGUGAGUAUCUGUCCAUGGAGGCGAUGGAGCGCUGGAUCCUCAUUGGCUUCCUGUUGUGCCAUAGCAGUCUAAAUACCAAUGCUAACUCUCAGAAUUUUUGGAAGAUGGCCCUCCGUAACGGCCUGUACAUCACAGUCAUCAGAGACGAGGUUCUCAACAUACACAAGCUCUCGGAGGACUUCUUCGACAGUCUCAAAGGAUACAGUAAGCGCAUUCCUGACAUCAAAGAAUGUAAAGAGUAUGUCAUCAUUAACUGCGGGGCACUGCGGAGAGAGAAGCGCAACUUCCUGAGAAAUGCCCUGAAGGAACUUACCAAAGUUUUGGAAGAUGAACCUGCAUUGCUUGGACCCAAGGCUUUGUUUGUGUUCAUGGCGCUGUCGUUCUCCCGUGAUGAAGUGCUCUGGCUUGUGCGUCAUGCUGAGAACAUCCCCAAAACCAAAACCCCGGAGGACUACGCAGAUUCCCAGAUGGCAGAGCUCCUCUACUACAUGGAAAAGCUGCGCACUCUAUUGGCUCAACACAGAUAUGUUAUACAACGCUACCAUCUUCAGUACUUGUCACAGUAUGAUGCUCUAGCGCUGAAUGACACCAUUCAGGGAAUGUACGUCUGUCCGGAGGAAGAAUCAGUUCUUAUGUCAUCAUUUGUCUCAACUCUGUCUGCAAUGCUUCUCAUUUCAGGGAAUGUACUGGAUGCAGGAGAAGAAUUUGACCUGAAACCAUUCAGACUGGACUGGUUAAGACUGCAGGCUUACACCAGUAUUGGUAAAGCUCCUCUGGCACUCAAGGACUACCCUGAGCUUGCCAAGGUCAUGAACAUGGCCCAGUUUCACACUAGGAUGAUGGACAAUGUGAAUGAACUCCUCUGUGAGACGGCUGAUCUCUCUAUCCUCUGUUUCCACGCACGUGUGUUUGAGAAGCCGUUCUCUCAGAGCAGUGAGGAUGUGUCCAUGCAGCGCAACCUUACGGCUUUCCCGGUCAUCUGUUCACACUUCAGUCAGUGUCUCCAUCCUCUCUGUCCAGAAGAGACUGAAGAUAUAGAGAAUCAAAGCUUGAAGCUGUGUGUGACCUUUCUGGAGGAGAUUUCCCAUCAGACGUGUACGGCUGUGCUGGAGAUAUGUGCUGAACAGUGUAACCUACAUGAGAAGUUAUUGCCCAAACACAGUGCUGAGACCAUCAGUACAGCACGCAAUAAAAAACUGAAGAAGUCGUUACCAAAGAAAGGAGACGUGCCUAAAGAGAAACCAGGGACGGAAAGCCUCAGGAAGGACAGAGUCAUCGUCACAAAUCUGGAUAAGAUGCACCAGGCACUGACAGAACUGUGCGCUUCCUACAGUAUCUGUGCUGAUUUCACCGUGUUCAAACACAUCAUUGUACCUGCUGAAUUCCUGCUCGCACAGCUGGAGAUCAGACUCAACAAGGUUAUUGUGCAGAUGGCCAAUUAUAACCAGAGAACUCACGAAAUCGCCCAACCCUCUGACCUGCUGGCUGGGAUUCAGGCAUAUGUUACAAGUCUGCACAGCCUCAGCUGCUACAUCAACAUUGAUGUCACAAGACUGGUAAAGAACGUCUUGUUGCAGCAGAUGCAACCGCUGGACUCAUAUGGAGCACAGACCAUCACAACACUCUAUAUAAAUUGUUUAUAUAUAUAUAUAUUUAUUUAUGUAUUUAUGUAUUUAUUUAUUUAUUUAUUUAUAUCAGGCAGUGAGAAUGUUUUGAAGAAAAUGACCAUUGUUGGUGUGAUUCUGUCAUUUCGCUUCAUGAUCCAAGAUGCUCUCGAGGAGAUCAUGGACAGACACUGCCCGUUUCUAAUGAGACCCAUCAAAUGUCUAAAGGACUUCAUCUACCCUGACGGUGACAUCAAGGUGACACUCGGUGUGUAUGAAAUGGCUUCGGCAGCUGGUUUGCCAUGUGAGAUCGACCCUGCGCUGGUUUCAGCCAUAGCAAACAUGCAGACAGACAACUCAUCCAUUGAGGAGGAGUUCAAAAUCACCUGCCUGCUGCUGGUUUUUAUAGCUGUGUCUUUACCCACCCUGUGCCUGGAUCCAAACUCAUUCUACAGGCGAGAACGUGGAGGUCACCAAAACAACAUUCAUUGCUUGGCAACUGCAGUUAACCAUCUUGCUGCAGCUAUGUUCACUGUCCAGAGAAAAAAUAUCCAGACUCAGCUUCAAGAAUUCCUGAAGGUGGCAUCAUCUAUCUUACUGCAGUUAGGUCAGAAUGUGGAGCGAGUGGAAAUAAAGAACAGAGAUUCAGUUUAUCUCCUUCUACACAUGAUAGUGGAGCAGUCACCGUUCUUGAGUCAAGACAUGCUGGAAAUGUGUUUUCCAUAUGUACUCCUAAGAAAUGCUUACAGAGAGGUGCACAAGACCUUCAUCCACACUAUGGGCUAAACUUAUGAGGAUGUGAAAUCAUGAUUUUGUUUUUAUUUAUCAUAGUUAAAGAAUUUAAAAUGAUAUUCAGCUGGUUCAAUUUUUAUUGUGGAUGCCUGUAUUUAAAUAGAUUCCAGUGGACUCUGCUGAAACUGGGGGGAAAUAACAAUAUAUAGAAAGGUGUUAGGAGAAUUCAGCUGAAUAUAUUAAUCAUUUAAGAUUUAACCUAGUUUUCAUUACGAUUAAUAACUGUAUUUCCAAGUAGAUCAUUCUCACAAGCUGAUGCAUUAUACAAAUUCAAUGAUAACCAUAAUUUGUACAUUUUGUUUUAUCUACUUUGUUGCCUCAGAAUAUAAGCAGAAAACCCUCUAUAAUGCUAAAAUAAUUUCUAGACAAUGACUGUGUUGUACAAUGAGUGUGACUGAGCUGUACAUUGCACAUUUGUAUUUGUUUAAACGCAUUUAAAUUAAAGCUU